CGGCUUUUGUUGUUGUGUCUCACGCGCACAUCUCCUGCUGGGCUGACUGUCUAACGGCGCUGGCGGACUGUAAAGCAGCAAAGACGUCCUGGCUGCGCGGGUAUUUCCUUACGCAAACACGUAUGUCUGCAAGCUUUGUUUGAGUGUUUCAGACAGAGAUGGUCUCCAAACCUUCCAUCAUCCCUCUGCUUCUCCCUGAGGAUGAGCUGAUAUGCUCCAUCUGCCAAGGGCUCAUCAAGGACCCUGUGACCACACCAUGUGGGCACAACUUCUGCAUGAGCUGUAUAAAAAGCCACUGGGGCAGAAUAUCUUCGGCCUUCUAUUGCCCACACUGCCGGAGAAAGUUUGUUUCCAAACCCGAUCUGCAACCCAACACUGUUCUCUGCUCUAUCAUGGAGCACGUAGUCAAGGUGUGGACAGAACCUGAGCCCGGCUUGGCCUCAGAUGAGAAGAGUGCCAACUGUGACGUCUGCGAGGAGAGUCGCAAACUACCGGCGGUUAAGACCUGUGUUACCUGCCUGGCCAGCUUUUGCAAAAUGCAUCUGAUGCCCCAUACAGAAAGCCAGGCCCUGAAGAAACACUGCCUGUGCGCAGCAGUGGUGGACAUCAAGGAGCUGCAGUGCAAGAAGCAUGGAAAAUUGCUCGAGAUGUUCUGCAUGACACACAGGGUGGCUGUCUGUUGGCAGUGCUCAGCCAAACACCGGAAAUGCAACAUGCGUUCAGUGGAGGAGAUGAGGAAAGAGUGGAAGGCCUCAAUCGAUCCAGUUGCUGAGGAAGCUCAAAACAGAGAAGAUGCCACUGGCGAAGCCUUUGAAACCUUAGACACACUGUCUGAAGGUUUAAAGGCUGUUGCAGAGAAGAUGAAGGAGGAUGUGGAGCUUUGUUUCGAGACCCUAAGAGAUACUAUUGAGCGUGCUCAGGACAGAGUCAUAGCUUUCAUAGAGGCAGAGAAGGAGGGAGCUCUCCAACAAACAGAGGAGCAGAAGAGACGGCUGGACGAUCACAUGCUUGCCAUAUCACAUAUCAUGGAUCAGAUCAAUGAAUGCAGAAGCAACGAUUCUUAUUUCAACUUUUGUCUGUCCCUGCCACAACUUCCUCCAGAGGUCAGUCAGCUACAUGGAUCUGAUGUCCAGCUGGAUGGUCGAGCUGUGGAGAGGAUCGUCCUGGACCUCCAAAAGCUCAACAGUAGUGUGGAAUCUCAACUCUGUGCCACUCUGACGAGAAGGGAGGAGCUGCGAGACAAAGAUUUGGCACUGGAUGACUUCAGAGUUGUCAGUGGGCACAGCAAACGACGUCACAAGCUUUUGAAGUAUUCCUGUGGAGUGACUUUUGACCCCAUCACUGCUAGUGCUUCAGUGCUGCUGUCUGAAGAUAGCUUGGCUGUCACAGUAGAGCACAGCGGGCUCCUAGCUUGGAAAGACUAUCAGGUCAACAUGGAAAUGGGCUUCAGAGUGUUGUGCUCUCAGAAUUUCAUGAGGGGGCAGCACUACUGGGAAGUCAGUCCACCAGAGGACAUCAACAGCAACUGGGCUGUUGGCGUGACAUAUAAAAACGGACCAGAGCGCUACCAGAGCUUGGGCCGAGAUAAGAGCUCCUGGUGUGUCAGGUGGCAGAAUGCAGGGAAGACAGAGAAUAAGGAUGAGAACAGCGAGAGAACAGAAGAAGUGGGAGGUGAGGAAGCAAUAUUAAGAAGGACACAAACUAAAGAAAGAGCCACAUGUGCAACAGGGGAAGUCAGGGGACCAAAGCUGGAAUCAAAACAGGGCAAAGAGGAAGCACACCCUAACAAAUCUGAGGGAGAGAAGAUAGAAGGAGACAAGCAUAGAAGAGAAGCAAAUCAAGCCUACCUGUCUGACAGCAUAGCAGAUGCUUCAAAAAGAGUGAAAGGAAAGGUAGCAGAUGGAGACAAGAAAGAUUCAGAGGUCAUGGAGGACAAAAAGGGCAUUGUGACAGCUACACAAGCGGAAGAAAACAAAGCCAUCACUGGGUUUUUUGCCUCCCAUAACCAAGAGAUGCACUUGAUCUCCCACGAGCCCCCUGGCAAAAUAGGUGUGCAUCUGGAUUGCGAUCGUGGCUGGUUGUCCUUUUUCACUGUGUCUGACUCCAAGGUCAAGCUCUGCUACAGAUUUCAGGCCAUGCUUUCUGCUCCUUUGUACCCUGCUGUCUGGCUAAGAGACCCUGAGAAGACAAUGACCAUUAGCAAAGGGGUUCAUACUGCUGAUAGCUGUGGAAAAUGGGUUGUGGAUUAAUUAAGUCCACCUACCUUUAGUUGGCCUCAACAUUACAUUGUCUUUGUCAUAGUGGAAUUCUUUUCCAGUUUUUUAAAGGAUACCUUUUUAAAUAUUCGUCACUAUUGAUGUUUGUAUAACCAGAGUAUGAUACAUUGCUUUCUAGGUCUAGUGUCAUGUAGGCAGUAUAUACAGUAUGUAAUAUUAUAUGGUAUUAUGAUAGUUGGACUAAAAUAGUAGUGUUGUUAAUUUUACUAUUAGUGCACAAACCCUUAUGGACAGUGUAAGGUUGGAAUCAAGGCUAACACAUAAAUGUAGCUUCAAGUUGAGGAAACAAGAUAGAUUUAUUAGAGUUUAUAACUGGAUAGUCUGUUUUGAUAUAAAUUCUACUUUCCCCUCCAAUCUCUGCAGUUAUUUGAAGGUUCAGUUGAACACAAUCGGUCUCAUUCAAACAUAUUUUCCGAAGUUUUUUCUCAAAUUUGUUUAAGAAAAAGUCUACAUCAGAUUCAUGAUGUGUUCUUAAACUGCAGAACUGUUCGCAGAACGUUUGGUGAAAGAGGCCCAUUGAUUUUAAAUUAUCUGGAAGGUCUGAGAACUGCAGAAGUUAUACUAUUGCCAUCCCACAAAGCCUUAUGUCAAUUUGUCAGUGUAUGUCGCUACUUGUGAUUUCACUAUACACUCAGCAGCUUCUUUAUUAGCUACACCUGCUCUACAGUUGUACUUAAAAUGUUCAGUACCUUUUACAGUAUUUUGGGACCACUGUUCUGCAUAGUUUAGUCCAAUAUCAUCUGUAUUAAAAACUGUGAUUAUA